CAGCUGUGAUUGGCUGAAGAGGCGUAUAUUAAGAUCUGGGACAAAGAUUGCGGUGAAGUCUGUGUUCGCACUGCUGUAAGAAAGAAAACAAUGCUGUUCAACAAGGUGCUCAGAGCCAGUGUGCGCUCUGGAAUCCGGCUUCAGAGCUCCAAUGCUGCUGCAGCCAGUGUUGCAGCCCCUCACGGCGGCCAUGCAGCAUCCCAAGGCUUCUCAUUUGAGAUGUCAGAGCAGCAAAAGGAGUUCCAGCAGCUGGCGAGGAAGUUUGCACGUGAGGAGAUUGUUCCUGCUGCGCCUGCUUAUGACAGAAGUGGUGAGUAUCCUGUCCCUCUAAUCACGAAGGCAUGGGAGCUCGGUCUGAUGAAUGGUCACAUUCCACAAGAGUAUGGUGGAAUGGGCCUGUCAAGCUUUGAAAACUGCCUCAUCACAGAAGAGUUGGCUUAUGGCUGCACAGGAGUACAGACUGCUAUCGAAGCAAAUUCUCUGGGGGCCAUGCCCAUCAUUUUAGCAGGCAAUGACGCACAGAAGAAGAAAUACCUGGGAAGGCUGGUUGAUGAGCCGCUCAUGUGUGCGUACUGUGUCACAGAGCCCGGCGCAGGCUCUGACGUGGCCGGCAUCAAGACCAAAGCGGUGAAAGUGGGGGAUGAGUAUGUUGUAAAUGGUCAGAAGAUGUGGAUCACUAACGGAGGGAAAGCUAACUGGUACUUCCUCCUGGCCCGCACUAACCCGGAUCCCAAGUGUCCUGCUGGUAAAGCCUUUACAGGAUUCAUUCUGGACGCUGACACCCCGGGAGUAAUGGUCGGAAGGAAGGAGCUGAACAUGGGCCAGAGGUGCUCCGAUACCAGAGGCAUUACCUUUGAGGAUGUGAGGAUACCGAAGGAGAACGUCCUGAUCGCAGAGGGAUCAGGCUUCAAAAUUGCGAUGGGAGCCUUCGACAGCACGAGGCCACCCGUGGCAGCAGGAGCAACGGGCCUGGCACAGAGGGCACUUGAUGAAGCUACCAACUAUUCCCUGGAGAGAAAGACAUUUGGAAAGGUUAUUGCUGAGCAUCAGGCUGUGUCCUUCCUCCUGGCUGAGAUGGCCAUGAAGGUGGAGCUGGCCAGGAUGGCAUACCAGAGGUCUGCCUGGGAAGUGGAUCAGGGCCGCAGAAACACCUACUACGCCUCCAUCGCCAAGGCAUUCGCUGGAGAUAUCGCCAACCAGGUGGCCACUGACGCCGUCCAGGUGUUUGGUGGCAACGGCUUCAACAGCGACUAUCCGGUAGAGAAACUGAUGAGAGACGCCAAGAUCUACCAGAUCUACGAGGGCACAGCUCAAAUCCAAAGACUCAUCAUCGCCCGAGAACACUUUGGAAGACACAAGAAAUGAACUCUGCUCACCUGACUUGUCCUCAUUGAAAUGUACUUUGUUGUAACUUUUGUACACAUAGGGGUGUCCAUGGAAAUAGAUCUGAGAACUUAAAGGACUUGUUUGUAAGAUUCAGGGGUAUCUUUGAACAGAAAUCAGUGUGAAAUAUUCAAACGUGUUUUCAUCAGUUUAUAAUCAACUUAACAUAAUGUUUUUUGUUUUUUUUUGUAUGUCUUCAAAUGAGCUUCUUUUAGCUACAUAGAGUAUGUCCUCUUACAUGGCCCUCCAUGUUUCUACGGUUACGGCGCUCAUGUACAUAAUUGGAAAGGGGGAGUAGAUACCUCUGAAUCCUACACAAAGGUCUUUUAAUGCAGUACAAAGUUGUUCAAUAUUGCUUGCCUUAACAUCAAUUCAUCCUGCCUUUCUUUUUAAAUCAGACCCAGAUUUUGUAGACGGCAGUCCACCAGUCAACAGAAUUUGAAAACCUGUUUAAUGAAGCUCAACUGAGGCCUUGUGUUUUCUGACUAAUAAGUUGACCAUGAUCUGCUUGCUUCCAGCUGCUGCUUGUUGCACAUAGCAGUCAGACUGGUCUCCUGAGCUUAUGAUAGCACUCUGGGUAUAGUGUUUAAUGUCAAUGAAAUAUAUAGUGUAUUUAUUAAGCAUCAACCUGGUACACUACUUGUCAGUUGUCCAUGAAAAAUCAAACUGUAUCUCACAAUAAAUUAGUUUGUAAUGAAGUGAGUUGAGGAUAUUAAAUGUUUGAGAAUGUGUUUUGGUCUUCAAUCUGAUUUCAGUAAAAUCAAUGCUAGCAAGGAUUGUUGUUGUUUUUUUCUGCACAUAUUGUUUAGACUGUCAUAUCUGUCUCUAACAUGCUGUAAAUCACACUUUGUUGGCUGUCAUUAAGGACUUACCACACAUGCUUUGAAAAAAUGUAAGUGAGUUCCUACAUCAAACCAUGAAUGCAGUCUUAAUUAUUACAUGAGACUAAAACAUUUAUCUCUGGACUAUGUUUAGGGGGAAAAAAAGGGAACGUGUGUGGAACGGUAUGUUUCAUAAGUGUAAAAUUGCAUGUUGUCUGAAGAUUGUUUUCUGCCUGGUUUGCAAUUGGGUCCUAAGACGUUACUGUCACCAUCCAACAUAGAGAGGUGCAAGCGUUACACUUCACCUCUCAACCACUUGACUGGACUUUGGAUGUAAUAUGUAGGCCAAUAUGUUCAAGCUGUCACAGUAACAGAAUGAAACUUCUGCUUUUAUGUAUUCCAGCCAUAUAAAAUAAAAGGUUCAAUUCAUGCUA